CGAGAGUUUAGUUUUGUUUCUUGCAACACAUGGGUUUUCGCUGGCCAUGGACGAUCCUACUCCUGGGCCAGCAGGUGGCCGCGCAUCGCUGUGGCAAGUCCGAGAAAACGGAUGCUGGAGGGCAUUCCUGCGGUGGCCGAGUGGAUUGGUUGGUGCAGCAUGAGGACCUCUCCAAAGAUGAAGCGGGUUUCCGGGUAGCGAAGGAGUUCCCCGUGGAAUGCUGGCGCUGUGGCUUAAACAUCAGCUCCGCGAGCUCCAAGUCCUGCAGCCUUCAGGAGUCGACGUCUGACACCCUUCAACUCCAACAGCUCCAGAUGAUGAACUGCGGAAAGGUGCAGAAGGCCUCGGUGCAGUUCCAGGAUGUGCUGGCUGCCAAGUCUGACACCUGGGCCAGUUCAGAUCAAGUAAAGGUCUGGCGGCAGAAGAGCUCCUUAGCAGGAGAGCUUUGCCGUGAGUCGACGGUGCUUUUGGACCACGAGGAGUUCAAGAGUGCGGCCCUCGUGGCAAUGUAUGCGUGGAGUGAGGUCAUCAUGGAUGGCAGCCAGUGCUGUGAACUACUGCGACCGCCCUACUGUCUUCAGGCACAGUGGUCUUGGGCCACUCUGGCCGUCGCGAUCCUCUUGGGAGGCUCCUUCCUGGCUCUCAUCAGCUCCCUCAUCGCGGCUCUGACGGCCAAAGCGCCGCGCCCCGCAGCACGUGCCGCUCCCCGCUCACCACGCCCGGCACGUGCGGUUCCAAAGCCGGAGCCACUAGGGCGAACGGCGGAGGAGAUUUACCAGGAGCUGUUGCGCUCCUGGAUGAAGGACCAUUCCCUUCGCGGCCUCUAUGGCGCAGCGCACUUCGCGGAGAGCGCGGCGUCCCUCUUCGCACAGCUCUACAAACGCUUCGGCUUCCAAGCCGACAACGUGAGGAAUCAAUUCGACCAUUUGCUGUCCCUGUGGCGCUCGCACUGUGCCAUGCUGGCGGAUUUGGACUUGGAAGUGGAGGAUGAGGAGGAAUUGGAGGAAGCAGUGGUCAAUGAGAAGACCUUGCUGCAUGAAGCCUUGAACUCGAUGCAUGCAGAGCUUCUGGAGGGCUUUCGCGCGUGGCGGCACCGCUUGUCUGAGGAGUUGCAGGAGCCCUUGAGCCGCAGCAGCGUGACUCUGUGUCAGGUUCGCUGGGCCCAAGUUCCGCUGGGUGAUUGGUUGGACUCUGAAAGUUCGCCCAAGCACUUGGCCGCCUCAUUGGCCAUGAAACACCUCGCUGAAGUGGUCACGUAUUUGCUGGUGUGGGGAGAGGCAGGCAAUCUCCGCUUCAUGCCCGAGGUGAUCUAUUUCUUGACGGAGCUCACUCUGGGCGCCGACGGAGAGCCUUACCAGGUCGAAGGACCGACCAGCUGUUGCUUUUUGUCCCGAAUGAUUCGGCCAAGCUACAAGGUGAUCUUCGACGAGUGGUAUCAGAGCCUUGAGUUCAAACAAGUGAGCACUGAGGACCGUGCCAGUGGUGUGGGGCCUGAAGAGCGAGAGAAGCUGCCCACCUUUCACACGGGCUACGAGGCUUUCUUGCCGCCUGAUGCGGCCAACUACGACGAUUGGAACGAGUUCUUCGCCAACGUCGGCCUCUUGCGCCGCGGCAUGGCGCGGCUCUUCGAGUCGGAACACCCCAAACGCUUCGCGGUCUUUCAGGAGUUCAAUCUCAGCAAGAUGCUGAGCAGCCAGAAGACCAAGACACACCGCGAGGUGCAUUCCUUCUGGGGCGUGUUUGCCAGCACCCACAGGAUUUGGUUGCUUCACACCUUGCUCUUCUUCACCGGUUUAUGCGUGGUAGCUGAGGAGCCCAAGGAUGAUGCGGAAACCUUAGCAGGUCACGGCAUAGCUGUGCGCUUCAGCGGCUUGGGAUUGCUUGCACCAUUGCACGCGCUAAUGCUGAUGGUGGCUCGAAUCUAUACCUCCGGGCCAGCCUUGCGCAGCUCCAUCCGAGGAAUAGGCUGUAUGUGCGCCCACUUGAGCCGUGGGCUUUUGUGGUUGUCGCCCUUGGUCACCUACCUGGCGGUCCGCUUCUCACAGGGGAUCGACAUCGACCAGCAGAUCAUCCGAUACCUUUUGAUUGCUCAUGGCUUGGUGAGUGUUUGGGCCCUUAUUUCCUUGCUCUUCUUUGCCAACCGCACCUCCGAUGUGCCCUACCAGGUACGUCCUCGUAGGCUUUGUCGCCUGCAAGUAGUCAGGUAUUUCUUUUGGUUUGUGGUGCUCGCCGCCAAGUUCCUCAUUGCCGUGGUCCUUUUCCGCGCCGUUUUCGAGCUGAUUUUGGAUCUGCAGCUGGAGCCUUUGGGCCGAGCCACCUCACGCGACGUUUUGAUCGCCUGGUACAGCACGGUGUGGACCCGCGACUUGCUGAUCUGGAUUUGGCUUUGGUUUUCCAGCUUUUUCAUUUUUUGCGCCGACACCCAGCUUUGGUUUACCGUGGGCUGCAGCUUGCUUGGAGUUGCUGCCUUCCUCAGUCAGCGCGGUUGCCGGGUCUGCCACUUCGCGCUAGAAGAUGCCGUCCACGAGCUGCCCUGGCGCUUUCAGGAGAAGGUCCUGAGAUAUGCGCCAUCGGCCAAACAGGCGUUUGCGAAGACCUGGAAUUUAGUGAUUCACCACAUGACAAAAGAGCAGAAGAUCAACGUGCGAGACAGCGGCGAGCUGUCCUAUGACUAUGUCAUGUCCGAGGAGCCGGAGCCACCCGUGCUGUUCAAUCGCGAGAAUUGCUUGGAACGGGCAAGCAAGCACUAUUGUUACAUGUCCGACACCAGAGAAUGGCCAGUGAACAAAGAGCUCCAGUGGCGUUUCCUGGCACUUUCUCGAGGACUCGGCCUGCCGAUGCCGCGGCCCUAUCGAGUGCCCUAUGUGCCGACGCUGACGGCGGUGAUCCCACACUUCGAGGAGCCCAUUCUGCUUCAGCCGGAGGAUUUGUACAGUGAGGCUCCGGGCGAGGCGAGGGACUUGGGCCAUCUCAUCGAUUACCUACGCAUCAAAUACAUGGAUGAGUUCAAGAACUUGGCCCAGAACUUCUCCGUCCCUGGCGGAGUUCGAAACUGGUCACGCUACAGCCCCCCGCAGUGGAAGGCGACUUGCAUUUGGGCCUCCAUGCGAUUGCAGACCUUGUGGCGGACGGUGGCCGGAAUUUGCAAGUACCACGAUGCACUGCUUUUGCUUCACGAGCUUCAGGGAACCUGCAGUGGUUUGCUGUGGCAUCCAGAGGACACCAGCGACGUGUUCCGAUGCCUCGUGUCCAUGCAGCUGUACUCAUACUCAUCUUCUGUUCAGCGAGAACAGGUGAAUGAGAUGUUGGAGCGCUUCCCUCCAAACCUCAAGAUCGCCUAUAUCGACCAUGAGGACACAGAUGAGUGUGCGAUACUUCACCCUCAACAGCGAAGGCGAUACUACAGCUGCCUCAUUGACCGGAGCUGCAAGAAGGCCAAAAACUCCACUUCAGCUUUCCGUUUGCCGUUGUAUCGGAUCGAGUUACCUGGGUAUCCGAUCCUCAGCGAUGGGAAGGCAGACAACCAGAACCAUGCCUUGCCGUUCUCCCGGGGAACGAUCACACAAUGUGUGGAUGCCAACCAAGGUGCCUACUUUGAGCAGAUGUUGCUUUUGCCCAAUGCCCUCGGGGAGUUUCGUUGGAAAGCCAAGCGGAUCGUCGGAUUUCCCGAACACAUCACAAGCGAUCUGGGCUCUGUGGGUGACUUUGCGGCGGGCUCUGAAACAGCCUUCUGUACGUUGCUUCAGCGCUCCUAUGCAGUGUUGGGUGCCCGGAUGCACUAUGGGCACCCGGACCUCAUGAACAAACAGUAUAUGAUGCAACAGGGCGGCAUCUCAAAGGGCACCAGGACACUGAACCUCUCGGAAGACAUUUUUGCCGGCUUGGACUUCGUUCUGCGCGCCGAUGGCAGAGAGAUUUGUCAUAAGGAGUACUUUCACCUCUCCAAGGGUCGUGACUUGGGCUUCAACUCGGUGCUGAAAUUCUUUUCCAAGCUCUCCAGCGGAAGUGGCGAGCAGCUGCUGACACGGCAGAUGUGUCGACUGGGUCAGCUCAUGAGCCUGCCGGAGGUCCUCACCCUGUACUAUGCUCAUGCUGGCUACUACUUGACCCAGUUCCUUCUUUCCUGGGUCAUGCCCACUGUGCUUUUCACUUGGUCCCUAGUCUUGGCAUCCGACUGUGACGCCCACUUUGCCGCAUUCGAGCCCUCCUGCGGUCGCCGCCCUGCACCCGAGCUCAUGGGCAGGAUGCUUGCCAGCAUCUACACCUAUGCUCUACUGGUUUUGGUGCUUCUGGCCACCGCACUGCCACUCUUCAUGGAGGAAUGGCUCGAGAGGAGUUUCAAAAUCGCUGCACAGCGGCUGCUGAAGCAAGUGUUCACCUUGUCAUUCUUGAUGUUUGUUUUUCAGGCGAAGAUCAUCGGCUUUUACGUCGUGAACGAGCUGCGCUAUGGAGGUGCCAAGUACAUCAGCACCGGCCGGUCUUUGCCCACCGAGCGGCGACCCUUUAUUCGACCGGUGCCCAACAAGGUGGACGAGUAUGAAGGUCUAUACUUGGAUUAUGCAAUCCAAGCUUUCUACGACGGCCUUACGCUGCUCAUCGCCUCGAUCAUGGUGAGUGGCCUGGGGGGCAUGGAACCUGUCAACCCCUAUCGCGGGGGACUUUCGGCUCUCUGGGCCUGUAUUGGCCUCACGAUCAUCUCUUGGUUGUACGCCCCUUUUGUUUUCAAUCCACAUCAGUUUGCUCGGCGCCACAUCUUGGAAGACAGGCGUGUCCUGUGCCACUUCUUUUGGAAGAAUUGGGGCGCCGGAUGGAUCCGCUGGUACGAGGAGUAUCAACUGAAGCCUCGAACGGGACUCUCCAUCUCCAUGCUGGACUUCAACUUCCUCGUCUUCUUUCUGGGGGUCUCCGUGUGGUUUGCUGUGGUGAACCACAAGGUGAGCAUGAUGCAGGUGAUAUUCUCCUCCCAAGCCUACAUGAAGGAGGUGGCUGCGGUGACCCUACUGCCGCCCAUCUUCACAUCCUGGAUUUCUUGCUUCCUUGUCUCACAGAUCACCCGUGUGGUGUCAUCCAUCAGGAGACGCUGCUGCCAUGCUCAGGGAGAAUCAACUUGGGAUGUCUUGCGUCCGUUGGUCCCGUUCUUCGCCUUCCUCGUGGUGGCCUUGGAGGUCUUUGAGGCCUUGGCUGCACUGGAGAUCUUGCGACGGAUGCAGCGCUGGAAGGAUUUCCUGGCGGGGCUGAUCCUGAAGUAUUUGCUCUUAGAGGUGACGAUCUUCCUCGCCGAAGGUCUGAUGCGAUCGCGGUGUGCCAAGGGCUGCUGUGGACGAGAAAGAGGUCUACAGGCCCUCUACUUUUGGAUCCUGACGAACCGAAUGUUUCGCGACAUGUUGACCUCCAGCGUGAUCUUAUCGCCGCUUCUACUGCUGAGCUUGCUCAACAGUGGCUUUCGAUCCUGCUGUCAAACAUUGGAUUUACACGAGUUCCUCAUCUACCGCAGCACGGGCCACCGCGCCCGCCGCCGCGCUUGCUUUGGGGACCGGGUCCCGGAACGGCUCGUGGGGCGAAGAGCUUGAGCAGUUGGGCGUUGGCUGGCCGUGGCGGCGUGGGGCGAAGAGCACGAGUCGUCAACCACCGAGCUUUUUGAUGAGAUCACAGUCCCUGAAAUGAAUCAUAUGGAAAAUGGUUCCUUGGAUGACGGUUUUCCUCUACAAAUAUGAUCAAAUAGUUGGUGUUCCACUUCCACUGAAGUGCCUGUAUAAUCAUAAUCAACAACACAGGGAUAUCGUUGAUCUCACCAUGGAAGCCGUCGAGGGUGAUGGAGGGUGAUUGAGUCUCCUCCGCCACAAAACAUGCCGAGAAACAUGUCUCAGCGCUGCAUUCAUAAAUUUGUGGUAAUGCUUUUGCCUGUGCGUGGUAGAUAGUAGAUGUUUGAUCAAUAUAGGGUGGUGUCGCCGAGUUCCAGUACUCCUGCACAGGACCCCCCUGAUUUUGAAAGGAACAGUUUGGUGUUUCUUAGCCAAACCGUUGGUGAACAUUCAAUUCAAUCAUCCCCCGCCCGUGUCGCCAAUUACUUUGUGGUUGCAGCUUUGGGGAGAAAUUGAACAAGAACAAUCAAAUUUGGAUCCUCGAAUACUCAGAACUGCAAGACAUCCACAAUCAUCCACAGAUCUCCACAAAAGGUUGGGGUGCCUUCCUUGUUAUCCGC